AUGUCCGCCGAAGCCGUCAAUGGGGCCCCCAAAUCCCGGGCAGCUAUGCUGGAAGAACAACAUGCUCUCGAUGAGGCACACAAGGCCACUGUGGAGGAUGUCGUGGACGAAGAAGACUUAUUGCACCCUCCUCCCUCAGUCCAGGCGGUUAGCGAACAGGCUUCCAGCGCACCCUCGCAAGCAUCCACACCACCCGUAGCCAAGGCAUCAGUCAGCUCGAAGAAUGCGUCCGGAAAGCCCCCUGCUCUGGAUGUGCAAUCGGAGGAACUGUUCCCUGCACUGGGAAGCGGUCCCAAGCCCAAGGCGCCUGCUGCAUCCGCCUGGGCCGCAAAAGGCCCCUCCGCCGCCGCCGCCCUCGCUAAUGGCGCCCCCAGCGGUGUGUCGUCAGCGGAUGUCCCUAGGAUUAUGACAUUGCCCGGAAAGCACAUAGAGCAGCUUCGACUUGCGCCGUCUCAGAUGCUUCAGAGGGGCCAAUUGAAGAAACCACUGCGGGAUAUCCUGCGCGAUAUCUCUAAGCGAUCAAAAGCCAAUGUAGAUAUGCGCGGUGGGCCUGGAGGGUCUAUCAUCUUCGAGGGUAGGGGAUCGGUGGAUGCAGUGCGCCAAGCGCUUAAGCAGGUGGCGCAGCAAGUCGGUUCUAAGCAAUCGGUUCGUGUCCCAAUUCCCACCUCAGCUCGUCCUCACAUUAUCGGUAAACAAGGAGCUGUCGUUCAGGAACUCCAGCAGCGCACUGGUGCGCGCGUGCAGGUUCCUCGCGCGGAAGAGCCAACUGGCGAUGAGGACGAGGACAAUGACACCAUUGAUGUGUUGAUUGAAGGUGAUGCUGUUGCCGCUGAAAUGGCUCGCCGAGAAAUCGAGGCUAUUGUGAAGGAGCGAGCGUCUAACAUGAACCUACGCCUUCGGUCAAUCCCACCGGAAUUCUUCCCCUUUAUUGCCGGUCCUCAUAAUGCGAACUUGAGAGAGAUUGAGGAGCGCACCAAAGCUCAGAUCCAUGUUCCUCGAUACGAUACGUGGCAAAGCCAACCUCCACCGCAAGAAGCUGAGCCCGGCCACGUUCAGUUCACGCCGGUCUCGGACAGGCAUAUACUUAUUUCCGGAGAGCGCUCCGCGACUCAGGAUGCUCGUGCUGAAAUCGAAAAGCUUGCUGCUGAUCUUCAGCGUCAGUUGACAAUUCGACAGCUCGCCAUCAAUCGGGGUCAACAUCAAUUUAUUCUCGGUGACAAUGCCAACGCACUGCAUGACUUCCUUGCUGAGACUGGUUGCGCUGUCGUGCUGCCGCCUCCGUCCGAUGAAACUGAAUUCCUGACCGUUACUGGUCCACUUCAGCGUAUCGAAGAUGGUGUCAACCGCGCAAUGGACCUUGCUACGAGUAUGCAGAUGGCGAGCAUUGAUUUGUCGCGCCAGCACCCUAACGCCCCUCUCGGGCCUCAUGCUCAUGCUCGUGCGCUUACGCGCUACCUUGCCCAGCGACAAAUCAUCAAGGAGCUUGAAGGCAUGUACGAUUCGCGGAUUGCUCUGUCGCCUGCUUCAGACGGUCCUGUUACCUGGGAAGUGUAUUCGAGGGACGGCAAGAACACGAUCCGUGCACGCUCUGAUAUCCUGAACCUCGUUCAGGCCCAUCCUCCUGCCAGACUUCGUCACCUUUCUGUUGACCCGUACUUCCACCCUUACUUACGCUCCCGUAGCAUCCCACAGUUGAGGUCUAACUACGGUGUCCAUGUUCUUAUUCCCGACGAUAUUGAUAGUCCUGAUGUUGUCCUUAUUUACGAAGGUCCUUCGGCGAGCUCCUCUCAGUUGGAAAUUCCGCGUCAGCGGCCAUCUGCUGCAGAUCUUGCCACUUUCGAGAAAGCCCUACAGGAAGCGCAAGAGUAUCUUUUGAACUCUCUAGGUAGCCAGGAUGACAUUAUCACGGAAAAUGUGUCCAUUCCGAGCAAGUACCAGGAGAAGGUUCGUAAGUUCAUCUCCCGUGAACAGGAAGCGAAGGGUGAAGAUCAUAUCCCUGUUCGUGCACUUGUUGGUGGUGGCCCGAGCCGCAACGGCGGAGCCACUCCCCAGAGCGACGUCGCAUUGCGCGGUCCAUCCCGCCUAGUGAAGGAAAUUGCCGCCAAGAUCGGAGAAUUUGUCGUCGAGCAGGAGAAGGAUGACCUUGAAAGAGGCUACACAACCUCUUUUGAUUUCCCCAAGAAAUUUGCAAACUUCCUCAUUGGAAAGAGGGGCGAGAAUAUUAACAAGCUUCGUGACGAAUUUGAUGUUGAUAUCAAGGUCGAAGACGGCAAGGUGGAGGUCAAGGGACCUAAGGCAAAGGCUGAUGCAGCCAAGGCUCGGAUUAUCAAUCUCGGCAAGAAGCUGGAGGAUGAGACGACUCACGUCCUGAAGGUCCCUGCCCAAUACCACCGAGAGCUUAUCGGACAGAAGGGUAGCCAAGUCAAUCGACUCCAGGACCGUUACUCCGUUCGUGUUCAGUUCCCCAGGGCAGUUGUCAUUAACGACGACCAGUCUGUUGCGGACACUGCUAGCGAGGCUGGCAGCGCUCGACCUCAACGAUCCCAGCAGGCUUCUGACGAGGUGAUUGUCAAAGGACCCAGCAAGGGGGCAGACGCCGCGCGCGAUGAGAUCCUCAGUCUGCUGCAAUGGGUCGUUGAUCAUUCUCACACGGCAACCGUGUCUGUCGCCCAAGGCCAGAUUCCUUCGCUGAUCGGCCAGCGCGGACGCGAAAUGGAUAAGCUCCGAGCUGAUACUGGGGCUCAGAUCGAUGUUCCGGGCGCUAACGAUGCACCGGAUACCUCUGGACGCGUGGAAAUCAAGAUCAAGGGAACCAAGAAGCAGGUAGAGGAAGCAAAGAAGAUCCUGCAACAGCGUUCAAGCGAGUUCGAUGCUACGGUCACAAAGACCAUCAACGUCGACAAAAAGCACCACAAAUCCCUGAUCGGUGGUGGUGGUGCCAAUAUUCGCAAGCUUGUUGCGGAAGCCGGUGGUCCUACGGACUCGAGCGCGUCUCGACUCGUCAGAUUCCCACGUCCUGAAAGCGACGAUACCACCAUCAGACUGGAAGGAAAUGGUGCAAUUGUGGACAAGAUUAUCGCCGCUAUUGAACAAUUUGUGCAAGAGCGCGAAGACCAAGUUGCCAUCAACCUUGAAGUACCUCCCGUGCAGCACCGUCUUCUCAUCGGCCGUGGAGGAGACACCCGACGGGGCAUCGAGUCGCAGUUCGGCGUCACCCUCGAUAUCCCCAGACAAGGUUCUGGGCGCUCUGAUGUCAAGCUCAAGGGGCCUAGCAAUGCCGUUGAACAGGCUAAAGAGCACAUUCUGGCCAUGCUCAAGGAUCAGCAAGGUGUGAAUGUUGAUGUCCCGAGUCAUCUACACCAUGCCAUCGCCGACAAUGGGUCCUUCUUCCGCCGCCUUCGUAAUGACUACCAGGUAACGGUGGACCAUGCGGGCCAGCAAAUCCCGCCGAGACCAAACGUGGAAGACUCGCGCAGCGCCGUUAACGGAGCCUCCUCGCUCCCUUUGAUCACCGAUGAACCCAGUGAUGCACUUGACGCUCACUCAUGGAAGGUGGUAGACAACAAUGUUGCUAGCGACCCUAGCCAACCUGCUACCAUCCCAUGGGUCCUGGCUGGAUCUACGGACAAUGUCAACAAAGCAAAGGCUGCCUUAGAAAAAGCCAUCGCCGCUGCCUCUCAACAAUCCGCGACCGGCUACCUCAUCCUUCCUGACCCCAAGACAUACCGAUUCGUCGUCGGCCAGGGCGGCAGCCAGAUCAACUCUAUCCGCAAACAAACAGGCUGUCGAAUCAAUGUGCCUAAGGACCAGGCCAAGGGCGAGGCGAUCGAAAUCAAGGGUAGUAAAGAGAACCUCGACAAGGCAAGGGAUCUGAUUCUAGAGGCCGUCCGUGCCGGGCUGAACGGCAACUCAAGGUGACGAUCCCUGUCAUCACCCGGAUUCUGAACAUAUAUGAAGAUAUAUCAUUUAUCCCUUUUUCUCUUCCUUUCUUUCUUACACUUGUAUUGCUUCAUCAAAAGAAUGUGUUCAUUUCUACUGCUACAUCAUCGGUCAUGAGCAUCCUGGCGAUUUUGCGUCAUCUUGAAUAUUCGUUAUAUAUUGUUGUAUUGGACAGCGAAUUAAUGGACAAUCCUCUACUCAUUC